AAUGGGCAUGAUAUAGGGCCCAUAGAGCAAACGUCAUGUUCAAACAGAAUCCGCACGUGUUGCUCAUGCAUGAGAAAUUCAUACAUCAAUCCAAUCAAGUGUCAUACAUGUGGAGAGACAAUAAAACCUUUCAUAAACGCCGAUUGGGGUGCCAUUUUAGUUCAUGGGUAUGAUGGUGAAAACAAAGAAGUUUUUAAGAAGGACAUAGCACAAUUUGAAAAAGUUAUUACAUCAAAGGUACUGCCCGCGAUGUGCAUGAGUUCCGAAAAUGUUAUUAUCUGUGAAAAUAAAGAACAAAUUGAUCGGGCGAUUGCAACACUUUUUAAAAAUACCAUUGAAACCGUUAUGUUCGUAUACUCUGGACACAAUGACGAUAGGGGUCGUGGACUUCAACUAGGCAAAGAUGAGUUCUAUCCGUUAACUGAAUUAAGUGAUAAACUCAAUAAGUUGAAGAAAAAGAAGGCCAAUUUUGACAAAGUGAUAGUCUUUCUGGACUGCUGUUAUCCAGACAAAAUUAAUUUGAAAGGGCUAAAGCUAAUUCAGAUAAAUGCCACUGCUCCAACAGUGGAGGCCAAAGCAGACACAAACACUGGCAGUCCGUUCUUACAGUAUAUUAUUCAGGCAUUCACAGCGACCGCUAAUGGAAAAGGCUGCAACGUUCCAAAUUGUGAAUGCAGCGAUAUUCUACAAGACAGUUUUAUUACCCUGGAUACUUUGUGCGAUUAUCUGAACGAACAUUUUAAAAAUGGAGAAUUGAAAUUGGACAUGCCGUCUAUGAAUGCAGACAACAUUUCAUUGCAAGACACUGUCCUCGCAUAUAAUUGUAAUUUUAAAGUGCAGUUCGAAUUCACAAUACUGUACCCCGGAAAAAAAGAAACUCGGAGCAUGCGUGUGCUUCCGUCUGAGUUCAACACUUUUGAUCAACUAAAGUCAAUCGGGGCUGCGGAGGUUAUUAAGCAUGUGUGUGACAUGAUAUCAGAUAGCAGCACCGUCAUAACUAAAGUUGCUGAUACAUUGAGUAUAGAAAUCAAUACUGGACCGAGGUCCAAGCACAUUCAAGAGGUAGACACUAUAGAGAAACUGUUACUAGCCUGGACCUCAAAACGGAUUUUGCGAUGCACGGCUCGUCCAUUGUACAGCAUAAACGUGGGCAAACCUGUGGGGCGGUUACUGAAGGGUGUCCCAGAAAUCAGGAACGCACACCAGGCUGCACUACAGAAGUGUGCUAUGAAGGACCAACAUUUGACUGACAUAAAGAAAUAUAAGGACCAAAUCGACAAGAUUCAAAAUGCAGACUAUUUAAGUAUUCUAGAUAUGAUCAUUCAUCAAACAAAAGAGGAGCAGUUAAAGGGGAAUCGUUGGGAAAUUUCGUUCUUUGACCUGCCAAAUAGCUUCACUCUCGUCCAUCUUAGACUUGUGAAGAUUGGCGGCAUUUAGGAAGCCACACGGGACUAGUUCAGGGUAUGUUCACCUAUUGAAAAUUUGGGCAAAUUUAUAUUUUUAAUUGAGUGCAUAUACAAUGUGGAAGUGAUGUUUUAUAGAGAUUAACAUGUCAAUCCAAUUUAACAUUCAAUGGCAAUGGAGAUGUGUAAUACCCAGGUCUUAACAUGUACAUUCUUUUAUGAAGCUAACCUUUUUGUAAUGGCAUUGGUUAAGGAUGUGAAACUUUUAAUGUUUGUUAAAAAGACUCAGGAAAUAUAUCUGUUUUGCGAUUGUUCGAUUCAAUGUGGAUUGUACGUAUGCUUCCCUGUAUCUUAGUUUGAAAUAAUGUUUUUGUCUAUUUAUUUUGAAAUAUGGAUUUAAUAUUAAGGGACGGUGAGAACAGAUAAACGAAACGAACCGUGUUCUCUUUAAAUAGUCGUCCGAUGUUUGACAUCUUUGUUGGAAAAAAUCACCAAAUAGUAUGUACAUGUAAAUACCGCACUAUUUGCUAUUGUUGUUAUAUGAUAACAAAGAGGAGAGAAGAGGAUAGAGAGAAAUAAUGAAAACUAAACCGAGGCUUCGUAAGAUAAAGAGACUAUAGGUCAGAUUAAUUUAAGAAGUCAUUGCAGAGUAGUGAUAUUUUUAUUACGUUUAUCAAUUACGUAUGGAAAACAAUUGGCUGAUAUAAUUUUAUAAUUCUAAGAACAUUUUGUAAAUCCUCGGUAUUUGGAUUUUCGGCUUUUGAUUUGGUACUUCAUAUGUACCAACUCCUCAGAAUAAUUAUAUAGUUGACCACUUAAUCAUAAAUGCCUCGUUUAUGAUUACCAAGUACAAUAUAAUUUGGAAAUAGACCAAUAAAUAGCUGUUUCUUGUUCAAACAAGUAUAGCUCCUCUCAUAUUGGUUGUAGAGAAUUACAUUAAAAUACCCGUAUGAUUGUUUCCUCAAAACUUGCACGAAAUGUGCAACGACUUGAAGUAAUUAUAUGAAAUUUAUAUUAAUAUACAUUAGUGAAUAAUAUGACUGAAGAUUAUUGUAUUGAUAAUCGUUUAAAUAAUAAUGUAUGGUGGCUUUUAAUAUUUGUACUAUGUUCAAAGCAAGACAUUAUAAGAACAUAUUUCCCUUCUUGUUUUGUUUAAUUUUCGUGUAAGCAUUGUCGUAGAUAUACCAGUUUUUAGACAUUGUUUUGUUCUUGUACAUAUGCAGGUCAUGUGUUAUUGUUAAAAUUGACGAACUCCAUUUCUGAUAUUUGUUGUUUGUAAGCUUAAAAGUGAUACGUGUGUAAAAUUUAAUAUGAUCUGUUGAAGAUAAUUCAUCAAGGGUUUACAAAGCUAUAAGUGAAUGGUAAAAACUUGUUUUGCGUAAAGUCUAAUAGAUCGAAUAAUUGUAAACCCCUACUGAAUCAAUUAAAAAAAGGUUUUUUGUUUCUUUUGUUAAUGUUUUUUAUAUAUAAUCGUUGUAAUAACACGUCCUGAAAUGUCUUUUGAUUGAAUCUUGUCCUCAGAAGACAUAAUAUCUCUGAUGAAUUAAUUUAUGAAAUUGGAAACAAUAUUUUUUUUCUUAAGUGAAAAUUAAAACAAUAGGUUCCAAAUUUUUAUUUUAUUAAAGUUGUUUCAAAAAAUUGCCCUGUAUUGUUUAUGUUUGUAAAUAUUUUAACCUAGCUUUUCUUACUUGCGUGUGUAAAUAAGAGCCGAAAUAUUGGUGUGUUUGAGAAUUCCUCGCUCUAUUGGUUUGACAAGAGUUGGUGUUGGUCUGUUGUUAUUUUCAGGUUUAGUAGCCCAAACAUAUUAUAUAAUGUUUGAAUUGUUUGUACUGUAGCAUGACUAAGGUAGGGGAAUGCUUACA